CCAUGGCAGCCCCAGCCCUUGCCUUCCCGGACACACGGCCGGGGAGGCCAUGGAUCAUCAGGAGCUCCAAGAAGCCGACGUCCUCUGGCCACAACACAACUCCGACCACCGCCGUGACGGCGCCGACGGCGACGACGGCAGCAACGUCGACGGAGACAUGGCAAAGCUAUCCUCGCCGGAGCUGUCUGCCCCGGUCCUCGUGCCUCGCCGGAAGCGGCGGUCUCGCUCCUGGUCGACGUCCGACGGGAGCGGCAGCGGCAACGACGACUGCAGCGACGGCGAUGUCCGAUGCACCGACGACGCAAAGAGGAACGUGCCGCCGCACGUCCUGGCUGAACGGCGGCGGAGGCUCGCCGGAAGGUCGACGGCGGCCUACUCCAUGUGCACCGGCAAAGGGAGGACGCUCAAAGGGCGGGACCUUCGCAACAUCAGGAACCUCGUCCUCAGGAUGACCGGAUUCAUCGAGAAAUGAAAUGGACUCAACACCGUGGAUGUGGAUACAUUGCUUCGUCGUCCAUGGACGUGUGUGAAAGUUUGUGGCAACCUAAUUAAAGUUUUCAGUGAGCGCAGAGGUGAAGAAAGAUAAGAGAUGUAGUAAUAACUCUCUGUUUAAUUAAUUAAAUUUGUCUGUUUAGUCGAA